GGAGCCCCGUCUUCUCCAUCCGAGCCCCGGCGUCGUUUCGCUCCACGAGCCGGCUUUGGUCGCGUCUGCUAGCUUGUCCCUGUUCGGGGGGUCGGGGGAGAUUUUUUUAUUAUUAUUAUUAUUUUUAGUUCGGUUUUGCGAGCUUUUGCUUUCCAGUUGCCUUUCGAGACAUAUGGAAAAAAUGGCCAGACCACUUUCAAUAAACCCAACUUUUCUGCCACCGACUCACGGAGUCCUGAAAUCCCUGCUGGAAAACCCCCUGAAGCUGCCUUUUCAUCACGAUGAAGGAUUUGGGAAGGACAAGGAGAAAGAGAAGAAGCUGGAGGAUGAGAGCAGCACGGCCAGCCACCCGCAGUCGGCCUUCCUGGGCCCGACCCUGUGGGACAAGACCCUGCCCUACGACGGGGACGGCUUCCAGCUGGAGUACAUGGACCUGGACGAGUUCCUGCUGGAGAACGGCAUCCCGGCCAACACCGCGGCUCAGGGCGAGCAGGCCUCGCAGAAGGCGCAGCCACCCCAGGCCCCUCUGCAGCAAGCCCCGCCCCCCGCCCCGCCCACCCCGUCGGUGGUGGACCUCAGCAGCCGCGCCACCACGUCGGUCCACACGGCCAUGGCGCCUCAGACCUGCCUGCACAGCCCCACCGCGGCAGCAGCCAGAGACACGCCCAGCCCCAUCGACCCAGAGUCCAUCCAGGUGCCCGUGACCUACGAUCCGGACCCCGCAGACCUGGCCCUGUCCAGCGUGCCGGGCCAGGAGAUGUUCGACCCCAGGAAGCGCAAGUUCUCCGCCGAGGAGCUGAAGCCACAGCCCAUGAUCAAGAAGGCUCGCAAGGUCUUCAUCCCCGAGGACCUGAAGGACGAUAAGUACUGGGCCCGGCGCAGAAAGAACAACGUGGCGGCCAAACGCUCGCGGGACGCCCGCCGGCUGAAGGAGAACCAGAUCGCCAUCCGGGCCGGCUUCCUGGAGAAGGAGAACGCUGCGCUCCGCGUGGAGGUGGCGGACUUGAGGAAGGAGCUGGGCCGCUGCAAGAACGUUCUGGCUAAAUACGAGGCCCGGCACGGGCCGCUGUGAGGCCCCCCCCACC